UGGAGUGAUAUAACAGUGAAAAACGGGAAGCUAGAGCUAGGUUAUGAAGAAUCGUACCGAGUUGUCAUUUAUGUAUGUUUUAAUUCAUGAAUUGGUGAUAUUUUACACGUUAAUUUGUUCAAUUGUCCCAGCUAGCUGUUAAGCUAACGUGAGGGCGUUUAGCUAGCUAGCUAGCUAACCAGUUAGCAGGACAAAAAUGUAUCUUUUGUACACAAUCCUUGCUGCACUUUUUUCUUUCCUGCUAAUGAAAUGGAUGAAGCGCAGAAGAUACUGCAUGGAUGUAAAAAGACUGGAUGGAAAAACCGUCCUUAUAACCGGUGGUAACUCCGGCAUCGGCAAAGAGACGGCUGUGGCUUUGGCCCUUCGAGGAGCCCGAGUCAUCAUCGCCUGUAGGGAUGAAGACCGAGCCAGGAAGGCUGUGCGAGAGAUCCAAAACAGGAGCCAUAACAUAAAUGUGCUCUUCAUGGAGGUGGACCUGGCCAACAUGAGGUCCAUCCGAGAGUUCUGUAAGAGCUUCCUGCAGAAGGAGAAGAGGCUGGAUAUUCUCAUCAAUAAUGCAGGAGUUCCCGGCGUCCUGGACUGGACCGAUGAUAAUUUUUCCAUGUGCUUCGGGGUGAAUCACCUGGGCCACUUCCUCCUGACCAACCUUCUGCUCCCGCGACUUAAGGAGAGCAUGCCGAGCCGCAUCAUCACCCUCACCUGCUCCAGCUACAAGUACGGAAAACUGGACUUCCAGGACCUUAACUACAACCUGUUCCCUUUUUUCACCUACUGCCGCAGCAAGCUGGCAAACAUCUACUUCACCCAGGAGCUCGCUCGCGUCAUGGAGGGCAAAGGAGUGACUGCCUACGCUGUGCAUCCUGGUUACGUGCAGAGUAACUGGACGUCCCACUACUCCUUUUUGUACCAGCUGCUUAUGAAGGUCAUCAUGUUCAUGUUUUACGUCCCGUGCGAGGCCGGGGCACAGACGGUCGUGCACUGCGCCGUAUCGGACGAGGUCACGGCUCACAACGGGGGUUACUUCAGCGACUGCAGACCUGCCUCGUUAAAACCUUACGCCAAGGACAGUGGAGUGGCCAGAAAACUCUGGGAGGCUAGUGAGAGACUGGUCAAACUGGUCUAAGAGCUGCCUGAUAUUUCUCCCCCUUUUUUUUUUUUUUUUUUAUGAAUGGGUUUAUUUAUGGAGUAAUUAUCAUUUCAUUUUUCUGUUCAAAGUGUUAAUCUACUGAUGAUGUGACUAGAGAAACUUACCUCUUGGUAAAGUAAAGUUUAUUAUUGAGACAGUA